AUGAGAGAGGUGAAUGUUGCUGCAUCUCACACAGAGACGCUGCAUUUGGCUCCGAAGAACAGAACGAGUGAGCAGAUGCACACGCUGCCCUAUUAUACCCGGAUUGUUUCCGACUGUGGUAUUACACAGAAAGGCUGUGCUGUUCUGAUUUCAGCUCUGAGAUCAAACCCCUCACACCUGAGAGAACUGAAUCUGAGCUGUAAUGAACCAGGAGACUCGGGAGUGAAGCUGCUCUCUGCUCUACUGGAGGAUCCACACUGUAAACUGGAGAAACUACAGCUGUGGGACUGCAGUAUUGGAGAGGAAGGCUGUGCUGCUCUGAUUUCAGCUCUGAGAUCAAACCCCUCACACCUGAGAGAACUGGAUCUGAGCUGUAAUAAACCAGGAGACUCAGGAGUGAAUCUGAUCUCUGCUCUACUGGAGGAUCCACACUGUAAACUAGAGAAACUAGUGUGAGUGUUAUUAUAUUAUUGAACACAAUAACUGUGUGAAAAUAUUGGCAAACAAAGUUUUAAAGGGAUAGUUCACCCAAAAAUGAAAAUUCUGUCAUCACUUCAAGUCAUUUCAAAACAGUAUGACUUUCUUCUGUGGAAAAUAAAAGAAGAUAUUUUGAAAAAUGUCUUUUGUCCACACAGUGGAAAGCAAUGGUACCAAAAAAUAUGGUUGCCAACAAUAUUAAAAUACCAUCUUUUGUUUUUCACGGAAUAAAGAAGGUCAAACAGGUUAGGAAUGAAAAAGAAGUAAAUUAUGACAGUUAUUAUUUGUGGGUGACAAUCCUUUAAGAAUCAAAAUGUAAAUGAUCAAAUACAAUGAUUAUACUGAAUGUGCCCAAAACAAAUGUAUAUUUGUAUAUACACUUAUAGACCAUUGAACAACAAAAUACAAGUGUAAGCCAAAAUUAAUAAAAUUUGCAGUGAUUAAUUGGCAGUAGCUUCACCUAUAAAUUACUGUAUAUUUUAUUUUUUUGCUGUAUAUAAAAUUACAAUGUAGUAUAAUAUAAUAAAAUAAUAAUAAUAAAAAAGUAUAAUUUGUAUCCUUUUUUUUUGUUAUUGAGAUUUAAUUGAAAGGAGUCAAUAUGUCCUCUAGGGGUCUCCAUUCUGCAAGAUAAAGAAUACCUGAAUUCAAAAGAGUCCUAUUCCCACAUAC